UCCGCCCCUCGUCGUCCCUGCGUUGUUUGGGGACAGUAGCAAGAUGGCGGCGGCCCCGCUGUACUGUGUCUGCCGGCAGCCCUACGAUGUGAGCCGGUUUAUGAUCGAGUGCGACAUCUGCAAGGACUGGUUCCACGGCAGCUGUGUGCAGGUGGAAGAGCACCAUGCUGUGGACAUCGACGUUUACCACUGUCCCAACUGUGACGUCGUACACGGACCCUCCCUGAUGAAAAGGCGCCACAACUGGCACCGCCACGAUUACACGGAAUUUAAUGAUGGAGCUAAGCCGGUCCAAGCUGGCACACCCGUCUUCGUCAAGGAGCUGCAGAGUCGGACAUUCCCAAGCGGUGAAGAGAUUCUGAUGAGAAUGAAGGGCGAGCAGGUGACCCCCAAGUACCUGGAGCGCCACGGCUUCAACUAUCCCAUCAUGGUCACGGAGAUGGAGGGCCUGGGACUCAAGCUGCCGCCCCAGGCAUUCAAUGUCAGAGACGUGGAGCAGUACGUGGGUGGGGACAAAGUGAUUGAUGUGAUUGACGUGGCGCGGCAGGCCGACAGCAAGAUGAAGCUCAGCCAGUUUGUCAAGUAUUUCACCAACCCCCACCGACCCAAAGUCCUCAACCUCAUCAGCCUGGAGUUCUCGGACACCAAGAUGUCAGAGCUGGUGGUGGUUCCUGAUGUGGCCCAGAAGAUGUCCUGGGUGGAGAACUACUGGCCGGACGACUCCUUCUUCCCUAAGCCUUUUGUCCAAAAGUACUGCCUCAUGGGCGUUAAGGACAGCUACACGGAUUUCCACAUCGAUUUUGGUGGCACAUCCGUCUGGUACCAUGUUCUCUGGGGUGAGAAGAUCUUCUACUUGAUCAAGCCUACGCCGGCCAACCUUGCACUAUAUGAGACAUGGAGUUCCUCGCCCAAUCAGAGCGAAGUGUUCUUUGGGGACAAAGUGGACAAGUGUUACAAGUGUGUCGUGCCCCAGGGGACCACCCUGCUCAUUCCCACAGGCUGGAUCCAUGGCGUUCUCACCUCUCAGGAUUGCAUGGCAUUUGGGGGAAAUUUCCUGCACAAUCUCAACAUCAGCAUGCAACUCAGGUGUUACGAAAUGGAGCGUCGUUUGAAAACGCCAGACCUCUUUAAGUUCCCGUACUUUGAGGCCAUCUCUUGGUAUGUGGCCAAGAACCUCUUGGAAACUCUGAAAGAGCUCCGAGAAGACACAUGUCCACCGCCAACCUAUCUGACGGAGGGAGUGAAGGCUUUAAUCUUUGCACUGAAGACCUGGUUGAAAAGAGAGGUGACGCAGCCCAACAGCGAGGUCCCAGACAACAUCAGGCCCAACCAUCUCAUUAAAGAGCUAACUAAGGAAAUACGCCAUCUGGAGGAAGAACCGAGCAAUGGUAGUGGCUGCAACAAUAGCAGCAGCAGUGCUGUUGCCAAGCCUGUCAAAUCUCAGGGAAGUGUCCCCGGAGGUCCCACCGGGUCCAAUGCAUGCUCCUCCACUCGUGCCACGCUAGACCGUCUAUGUCAGGCUCGACAGGCGAGGCGUGCCGCCAGGCGUUUAAAGGUGCAGCAGCGGCACGCGCCCAAAGCGCCGUCCAACCUGGACAUACUGGAGCAACACACCAGGGAAGUGCUGAGGAGACUGGAGGUGGGACCGCUGGAGGAGGAUCCGGCGUUCUGUGCCAAGGUUCACGGGAAGCUCAACAAAGUGUCGACGGCCUCAGCUGCCGCCGCCGCGGCCGCCGAGUCUUUGGAAGAGAACCACCUUCGACUCACGCUGGUCAACGGCAGGAUCAUCAAGGUCAUGAGGCGGCCCGGCACUAGCCCGGUGAAGACAGAGGCUGACAGACAAGCCACUGGUCAGGCGAAAACCACAGACAAGUCUGAGAGGAUGCAGGUCCAUCGAGGGCAGCACGGCGAGGCCCACAAGGCCAAUCUCUUCUUGGGUCUGCAGAGGGUGAAGACUGAGCUCAGGGAAGAGACGUCAGGACAUUCAGACUCUACGUCAGAUACGGAUUCGGACAGCGAUGCUCCGACGCGGCGCAAAGUGUCCCCGUUGUCAUCAUCCUCUGAUGAGGAUUCCGAGAGUUCCCAGGAGGAAGAGGCGGCGCGGCAGAAAGCUUCAGGACACACCAUCGAGCUGGACCAAUCUCACCACAAACCACUCAAACGAGAACGUCCUACCUCACCCAGCACAGAAGAAGCCAUUCAGGGGAUGUUGUCCAUGGCCGGCCUGCUCUGUUCCACCAAUUCGGAGAAGGAGGCUGCCUCCCAGGAGUCCUGGUGGUCUGUCCCCAGCCAGGAGGGGCAGCAGAGGGGGCCGGCACACCAGCACCAGGGGGACGCCAGCCCUAUGGACAGCCAAGGCAACAGCAGCGAGGCCUGGGACAAUCAUGGGCUCCCCAGCCCCGAGCCCGACUACCAAUACUGUGACCCUUCCAUGUCGCCCCCUCUGCACCCUUCCAAGAGACACGCCCCCAACCCUCCACCCAUCAGCAAUCAAGCCACUAAAGGCAAGCGUCCUAAAAAAGGCAUGGCCACCGCCAAGCAGAGACUGGGCAAGAUUUUAAAACUCAACAGACACAAUCGGGUUUUUGUCUGAACGCUCCAAAAAAAACAAUAAGGCGCUAAUUCGUCUGACUAUUUUUCAUUUUAUUUUUGAAUUUCUCCCACUGGCGGAAGCUCAACAUGUUGCCUGUGCAUGCUUGGGAGACAGGGUAAUGGAUUCCACGUAAGCACAUGCAAGACGACAAGCACACCAGGAACAAGAAGGGUGGAGGAAGACCUUCUUCACCAGGGAGCACCAGACGCUCCUGUGGGCAUUAGGGAGAGUGGAGGUUUACCCAACCAGAUCCAGACUCCUUUUAAAACUGAGUCACAUCCGUCAUGCUUUUAUUUUCUGCCGCUUGCCUGGCGACUAUCUUUGAGGGUGGUGUCGCUGCCACAGGGACUUCCAGGAGGUGGAACGGAAAUUUCAAAAUGGUGCUCAUUAUUUGUACUUUAACCCCCCUCGCUCCUCUCCAAAAAGACUUGAUUACACCAGCAAUAAUGAACCCCCA